CUGGCAGACGCGCCCCAGUUACUUAGAAGGUUCUUUUUAAUCUGCAAAGCGCCCCUUGAGCAACAAGAGCACGGGCGCCCCACUCCCCACCUGUGAAUGAAAGCCUGUCAUAUUGGCCUUUACUCAAACUCGCCACCUCUGCCUUUACUUCCCCAUUCCUGGCAGCGGUUCCGGUGCGCUCUCGACUUCAUCCCCGUUGCCAUAUUCAUGUGUUCUUGCGGAGGCUGGCUUUCGUCCCCCCUUCUCACGUAAUCAUUUAAGGGAGGAGAAGGGCCUCUUUGAGCAUGAAGGAGAUGAACGAGAUGCUGUUCUUUGAUCCUUUCAGCGUGCGUAUCAUGGUCUUCUACUUACGUUCGAUCCUUGUUUUGUCCAGUGAAGUGCUCAGCAUCCAUGGCUCAAACCAGGAUGCUGUUCCCAAGGGAUGUUUGCCUGCUAUGCUUUAAAGCGACGAGUUCUUUGCAUCGCUGCUCUUGCACUGGUCAUCACUGCUAGCCUUAUUGACCUGGAUGCGCGUAAGGAUACCAGUUUUGCACCUUCAAUUCUGGGCCUGUCAUUUGGACUUUUGCUCGGGAUCAUUCACAUUCCUGAAGCGGGGGUGGUCCGGGACGUGCCCUGGAGUUGCAAGCUGGCACUCUGCAGCAUACUGGCGAUCUUCACCAUUUAUGCUGCCACCUAUCCAUGGCAUAUGCUUCCAUCUCUUGGCGCUCACAGGCAUAUGGGAAAGAGGCUCAUCAUGCUUGUGUCCAUGUUGGUGAAUGCUGCAGUCUACAUCCUGUGUAUUCUGAAGCAACAUCCUCCAUCCAUUUAUGCGCACGAUGCCAAGUGGUGUAUUUUUGGCAUUUGGCUAUCGUCCAUGGCUUAUCAGCUGUUCGAGGCUGCCUUGGCCUACAAUUCCAAGAUUGUUCAAGACUUUGCACUGGCCUUUGCGAUCAGUGUCGACAGUGUGGUUCUUGGCUGGAUCCUGAUCAUGUUCCAAGCCCGAAUGCAAGUGUUGCGAUCUGGCUCCGAUGCAUGUGCCUAUAAGUCCAAGUUUUGGAUCUAUGUGAUGUGCGGUUCUUUCAUUGCCAACUCCAUUUGCACGGCCAUCCAACGUGGUUUGUCGAGUGAAGGUGGCAUGAUCAGCUCAUUGAUCGUCAGGUCGAUUUUUCUCAUCAUUUGGAUGACUUAUGUCAUACUUGUGUGUAAGACCCUCAGCCGUGGCCUCUAUGUGUUGUGGAUGGAGAGCCGGCGAGUGAGAGGACUUCCCAAAAGACAGGUCGAAUGGGCAGCACGUGUGUUGCGCUUGGAGCUCUUGAUUUGUGCCACCUUAGGCGUGACAACCUUUUUGGUGUGGUCCACCAUCAACGUUGUAAAGUACAUUGAGUUGAUGGAUCCACACGAAUACAACCGCAUCAAGACAAAGGUUUGGUUCUAUGUGCAAAUCCUUCGUCGUGCGGAUGGAGCCUUGAAUGCUGUCGAGCUUGCGUUCUUGUCAGGAAUCUUGUGGCAAGGGAAGCCUCCAGAAGAGGAUGACACAGAGAUGGAGACACGCUCCAGACUGCGUGGCUUAACCUCCAUGUCAGACUUCCUGGAGGUGGAUGAACAACUUCUCUAUCAUGCAAAGGUCGAGCAGCUUGCGCACAGGGGAUUUCACUUGGGGCGCCUGCUCCAGUUCUGGGAGCAGCUCUUAGAUGGUGAGCUGAUGCCCAGCUUCGAUCCCAAGAGAUCCCAAACCAACGACGUGGUGCGCCAGGCCAUCAUUCCUGGCUCACGUUGCGGUUCGGGGGGCAUGGCGCUCGCAUCCAUUUGGGAGGAGAACGAAGUCUUGCCGCAGAGCAUGGUCACCCACAAUUGGACCAACACUUUCGCCCACCUUGUGGGAGCAAUGGUGACAGAUGCUUUGAAGGGAGACGUUUAUGCAGAUAUUUCUGAGCUGCUGACCCGCCAAGAGGGUGUAGCUGCAUUGAAAGAACAACUGCGGCAGAGUGGAACGCUUGAGACCACCUUCUGGGUUUGCGCCUUUUCGGUGAAUCAGCACGCCAGCAUUUGUGGUGGUUAUGGUCCUGAACCUCCCGAGGGCACCCCGGAGUGGAAUGCCUGGGACAAGAAGCGGUAUGACUCGGUGAGUUUGCAGCGAUUCCCUUUGUGUGAUUGCCACGAACCCAAAAGCUUUAGUCAUCAGGACCCAGUUUGUGAGCUCAACAAAUUCGAUGACAUGAUGAAUUUUUUGUCACAAAAAAUAGAAGACUUUGGCCAGCUCAUCGUGAUAGACGAACAUUUUGAUGUGCUCUACAGGGCAUGGUGCGUUGCAGAAAUCGUUGAGGCCAAUGUGCUGAGCAUUCCAGCCCGAAUUAAGGUGUAUUCUCAGGCUGCGGUCGAUAUCAACUA